CCCCGAACCCCGACCCCGACCCCAACCCCAACCCCCAACAUCCAACGAGCCCAGGAGACCGCGAUGGCGAGCCGUAGCGGUGGCGUCGGUCGCGGCCGGGGUGGCCGAGGCAACCCACCCGGUCUCGGCGGUGGGAUCGCCCCCAGGGAGUGCGAGUGCUGCCGGGCGGCGGCCGGCAUCCCCUUCUGCCGCGUGGAGUGGUCUUUCCUCUGCGCCGGCUGUGCAGCCGGCGUCCAUGGUCAGAGCUGGAUCGUCGCCGUACCUCCUGGCCCGAACCCUGGCUCCAAUCUCAAUCCUGUUGCUCCCAGCGCUUACUCUUUGCCUUAUGCUUGUCAGUACCCCUGCCCUAAUUCUAACCCUAACCCUGGGCCUCCUCCGCCUCCCCUGCCUACCGCUGUCCCUCCUCCUAAUCCGUAUCCUAACCCUAAUCCUAGCCCGGGAACCAAUCUCAACCACGUGGUGCAGCUGUCGUCGGACGAAGACGUUGCGUCCGCCGGUGAGGACGGCGACGGUGGCAGCGGCCGGAAACGUCGGCGGGCGUCGGCGGAAGGAGAGAGUUCAGCGGAAGCCAGCAUGAUGAGGGACAAGGAGAUGCGGAAGAACCGAAAGUCCCGGAAGGUUCAUGCGGACAUGAAGCCAAGGGUCGAUGGGAAAUCUGUCGAUACAGCGGAUUCUUCUGGGGCAGAAGGGGAGGCUGGUGCCAGGGGAGAAGGAGAGCCUGAUAGCGGUGGGGAUGAGGCGAGAGUGGACUCAAGUGAGGAUGCGAGGACCGACGCUGUUGAGGAGUUGACCGAUCUCGGUGAGCAGCUAAGACCGGUGGAGGCAGGUGAGAUGGUAGCCACAAGUCCGAGCUUUGAGGUGGAGCAGUUCGAUGAAGGAGUGGAUUUGGGGCAGAUUAAUGCUGGUGAGGAAGUGGGACUAUUGUGAAUUUCAUCAUGAGCUUGGGCUUGUUCCUUAGAUUUGGGUUGCUUGUUGGAGAAAAGAUUUUUUCCCAGAUAGCGCAACAAAGUUCCUAUGUCGGGUGUCUAUUCACUGAUGAGAAGCAUUAUGGCAUUAUCAGACAGGCAAGCGAAAGCAAAUGCAUAUCAGCAAUCAGCAUGACAUCCAAACUUGCAUCGACUUUUUCUCUCCUUAUUAAGAGGAAACAUUUAUGUUACUUUGUUCUUUUAAAUUUCCUUUAUAGAUGAAAGUUAUAAAACUUCAGUUUCGAAGGUUGUCUUACCUUUCCUUGAAGAAAAACCACACCAUUGUAUUGCAGCAUCAAAGCCUCUUUGUAAACCAUGUCUGAAGAUAUUUGUCUUUGGUUGUUGUAGUUUUAUAAGUAAAUUGUUCAGGGCUUGUUGUGAUAUGAGAAUUUAAUGAUGUCCUUACUAGAAAAUAAAAAGCAGCAGCUAGUAUGUGGUUUCAAUGUCCUUAUAUUGCUGUCUUUUUUCUGUUGUUACAGUGAUUCUUUUGGUCAUCAUGAUCAGUCGGUUGGCUUGUUAACGCUAUUGAAUAUGUACAUUGAACGUGUAGUAAUGUAUCACUAAGAUUGCUGUCUGGUACUGUUUCACUAGGAUUGUAGUGAUGAACAUAAUUUUUUUGUUUUUGAUCUGUGUUGUUUUAGAUUUAUUGUGAUUUGGAGAAACUUUCUUGAGUUAAAUAUUUUUGAGGAGUCAAGGCAGUUUCCCAUUGUUUUCUGACACCUCACUUUUCUGGAUGCUAUGUUUAUAUAUUAGUCUAGCCUUGAUGGCACUUCUUUUCUUAUUGUGGCAUUCAAGUUUAUGAAAUUAGAAAAUAUAAAGCAGCCAGUAUGUGGUUUCAAUGUUCCUUAUAUUGCUACCUUCUUUUUGUUGUUACAGUAAUUCUUUUGGUCAUCAUGAUCAGUUGGCUGGCUUGUUUAACAUUAUUGAAUACGUAAUGUGCGGUAAUGUAUCACUAAGAUUUCUGUUUCACCGGGAUUGUCAUGACGAAUAUAAAUUUUUUGUUUUGAUCUGUGUUGUUUUAGAUUUAUUGUGAUUUGGAGAAACUUUCUUGAGUUAAAUAUUUUUGAGGAGACAAGGCAGUUGCCCAUUGUUCUCUGACACCUCACACUUUUCUGGAUGCUGUGGUAAUAUAUUAGUCUAGCCUUGAUGGCACUUCUUUUACUUGUUACAGCAUUCAAGUAUAGGAAAUAAAAUGGUUGCCACUAAGUGACUGGCUAGUGUAGGUUUUACAUGGGUAUGAUAGAUAUGGAAUUCUGUUUGUAGUAGAAAUAGCUUAGGCUCCAAGAGAACAUCGAGCAAAGUUUGCCUAGUUUGCACCUUGACUGAGAAGAUUGGCAUCUACUCAAAGCAACGGAAAGGAUGGAGCUCAAUGUAGCAACUAGACCACAAUGAAGUCCAUUCUAUAUAUUUGGUUUUCUUUAACUAGCAUAUUUGAUGGCUUGAAAUUGAAGAGAUUUAGAUUCUAUUCCAUUGAAUAAAGGUAUGAGAUAGCUUUAAUACUUGAUUAAAUCAUCUAUGUUCUUUUCCUUUCUUGUGUGCUUGAAAAUCUGCUACGGCAGCAAUAAAGUUUGGAGUAAUCAUGUUUAUAGUGUGUUGGUUUACUAGCCAAAUUGAAGUUCUAUCUGUUGCUUGGACUAUUUCAAAGGUCUCUUGCUCUUGUUGCUGAUCUUAUGUGAUGUGGAAAUCAUUAGCCCAAGUUUUGUCAACUCGGUGAUCUUUUAUUUUUCCUACAUGGCCAUCAUCUUGGCAGGUGUUGACAGUAUGGCUACGCUGAUGAAGGACAAAUAGGGCUGCUUUCCUGCCAUUCUUACCGAAUACAUGGAACUGGCAACAAGGAGGAGAGCUCUCCUUGAAGGUCUUGCUGCUUGAUGCAAUCUCCCUAAUCUUCUAUACUAAUGCUGUAGACUAUGGAGUACCCCUUUUCCUUUUUAUAUCAUUGAAAAUCUCAUGGAGGAUGACUGCUGUAGGUGAGAAUUGUGGAGAAUUGAAUUGUAAAGCGAAGCCAUAGUCAUUUUGACUUCCAAGCUGUGUUGAAAGAUUUGUAUCCAUAUGACUGCCAACCAAGACCUUAAGGAUGAUGACAGUCUGUACAUACAACAAACUAUAUAGGUGGAUGACAGAAUCCAUCAUGGCA